UUGACGGUUAGUCUCAGACCCAUACCACUUGUUUUUUGGGCUACGAAUGGACGACCAUAUAGUCUAAUUUAACCCCAAACUCGCAGGGACCCUCUGGAUAUCAGCUAUUUCGUUUAUCACUUUGAGAACUAUGUUGUGGAUUUUUCUACUGCAGCUCAUCCACAGCGUGAGAGGUUUAUCUGGAGAUGACCAUGAGACUCUGUGCACGUCUAACACCUGCUUCACCCUGCAUAUGGACAAUGUGAGAUUUGCGACGGCCCAAGAGAACUGUGACCACAACGGAGGUUAUCUGAUGACGAUCAGAGACCCAGAAGAAGAGGAUGUGCUGCGCAUGCUUCUCUCACAGAUCAAAGGACGUGAGGACAGGACACUGAAAUUUUGGAUUGGAUUAAAACUGAACAGAGGGGACUGUGUGUUGGCUGACAAGACUCUCAGGGGCUUCAAGUGGAUAUCAGGGGAGGAAGAAUCCGAGUACUCCAAGUGGGGAGAAGAACCUAUCUCCACCUGCACAGAGAGAUGUGUGAGGGUUAAUUACAUGCGAGUGGGUCAGAACCAACUGAAGUGGAAAGCUGGAGCUUGCAAAAGUCUCGCUUUCUAUGCAUGCAAGUUUUAUUUUAAGGGAAUGUGCAAACCUUUGGCUCUGAUGGGGUCUGGGGAAAUAACCUACACAGCACCCUUUUCAGAAAGGCCAGAAAAAAGUGAAAUGAAAUCAUUUCCACUGGGAACCUAUGCUGAAAUUAUGUGCAGUAACCAACAGUUUCACUACUCUGUGUGCAUGGGGUCAGACGACUCUUAUCAAUGGACAGUCCCUGGUCCAUUUUGCAAAACAGGAGAGCAGAAUUGCACAGUGAAUAAUGGUGGAUGUGAAGAUACCUGCCAUCAGAAUGGAGGGGAAGUUAAAUGUUUUUGCAGAGAAGGUUACGACCUGGACGAGGAUGGACUCUCUUGCAGGAAGAAAGACCCGUGCAGCGUUGCUACAUGUGAGCAUCUGUGUGUGAUGGAGGAGUCUGGAUAUUCCUGCAAAUGUCCAUAUGGGUUCAAACUGGAUGAAAACCAGCGCAACUGCUUUGACAUCGAUGAGUGUCAGUCCCAAGCCUGUGAGGAUCAUUUGUGUGUAAAUACACAGGGAAGCUACACAUGUGAGUGUAAAGACGGCUAUGAAAUGGUUGACGGUAAAUGCACUGAUGUGGAUGAGUGCGCACAGUCAAGAUGUGAGCACGACUGCUUGAACAAUAUUGGAUCUUUUUCCUGUUUCUGCAAUGAGGGUUUCACUUUAUCCCCGGAUGGUCAGUUAUGUGUAGACAUAAAUGAAUGUACCAGUAGUCGCUGCCAGUUCAUGUGCAUCAACACUGCCGGCAGUUUCUCCUGCUCGUGCCCAUGGGGCUUCCAUCUGGAGACUGACGGAUCAACCUGCGCUCCGGAUAUGUCUGAAACAUCAGCCGCUCCAUCAGGUGAGCCAGCUUCUGGGGGGACACUUGAGAACUUCACCUGGUCCUUGAUGAGAACCACAGUGGAGCUCCAGCACCAGUCCCCUCACACUGACCCACCACUUCCAGACCUGGUGAACGUUACACACAGCGGACAGCCGAGCAACGUGUCCCUGACGCCGAGCUUUGUUAAGACGGUCAACACAAAGGUCAUAAUCUGCGUCCUCGGCUCAGUCAUCCCUCUGCUCGUGCUCGUCACAGUGACGUUAGCUAUCGCAAUAUUUCGAUGCAGUCGCUCCAAAAAAGAAGCCAAGAAGAAAACAACAACAGAUGGUUACUGUUGGGUGUCAUCGGGUCUAGAUCCACGUCUAGAGAAACUUUACGAGUCCAUCUCCACUGAUGACCUAUGACCUCAUGGUUUCGGAGGAGUAUGCACAAUGUUUAUUUAUCUAAUUUAUGUCUUUGCAAGCUAUGUAAGUUAGGCUGUAUGUUGAUAUCAAAUGAUUACAUAUCAGAUCACAAAUCAGAAUCUAAUCCUGGGUCACAGGUAAAAAGACGUAGAGAAGUAACCAUAUCGAGAGGAAACAAGUGGGGUAAAAAGAAAAACAUAAAAAACACGAUAUGUAAAUACAUGCAGAUUUUGCUUUAAAGGAGAUGUGAGGGGCUCUGUAUUGCUAGACUGACUGUAUGUAGAGAUCUGAUGGAUUGCUUUGGGUGUUUCCUGUUUCUUUUCUGACAUGGUUAAAAUGUACAUAUGUUUUUAACUGAGAUGACUUAAUUCAAUUUCAAGAUCAGUGUGCUUCUUUUGAAGUAUGUCUCAUCAUCAGCAGCCACAUUUCCUGCUAUUUUACAUGGUUAAAUAAUGUGUGUACUGUUCCCUAAGCCUGUGGUCCCCUCCCAGCCCAGCAACAGUGGCAUUAUUCAGAUGAUGGACACAGUAUGUCCAAGCUUUUUAAUUCAUAUCAUAAAGCAGUGGUGGGAGAAUCAAUCUAAUCUUUUACUGAAGGAAAAGCAGCUUCAAUUAAAAAAAUGUUACAUUGUAAAUAAGAAUAGAGGUAUGAGCAAGAAUUAUUACAAGAAAUAAUAACAGCAUUACAAUAACAGGUUUUAUUUGUAUUGCACUUAACAAAAUGAAAAUGUGCCUCAAAUUCAUAUGAGAUGUUAUAUUUACUUUUUUGUCAAAAUGCUUAUAUUUGGAGGAAUCUCCCUGUCAUUGUUAUAUCAUCAUCUGAUUGGCCAUUCUCACUAAAGCAUUAUCAUGUAAGCAGUACAUUACUGCUGUAGCUGGUUGAGGUGACAGUAGAAGUUGAAUCUAAAAUUAAUAGUUAUAAUCUAUAAUGUUUCUAUUUACAACUGAAAUGUUGUUCAGAAUAGUGACAACACAUGAAGUAAUUUGUAAAUAUGCAUUUACGUUUAUACCCAAAGACAAUCAAACACGUAUUACUUUCUGAUUGGAGGUUACACAGGUGAAUGUGUUGGUGUAAAAUCAAGAGGAUGCAAAGAUGAAUACAUGCUGACCAUCAAACCUGUGUAUGUUGUAUAAUAUGAAGUCAUGUUAUGAGAUGAAAAACUAAAAUAAAGAUCUGUGA